AUGGCAGAAGUUGAUAAAGAAGCAGCGCUCAAACAAGCAAUUAACGACGAAUUAGAGAAACAUGGAUUUCUCGCAAUGAUACGCAAUCUUUUGCGCAUAGAGUCUGUUAAGCAGGCAAGAAAAUUAGCCUUUGAUAAAAAGAUCGAAAACACAAAAGAAAUUCAACCAAUUAAACUCGAAAAAGAAGAAGAUGCUGUUCUUCUUGCAAUUGUCUAUGACUUCUUAAAAUACUGCAAAUUGGAUUUAACAAAAGAAAUGCUCGACCUCGAGCUUGAUCCAUCUACAGAAAUAUCUGACAUCGAAGAAGCACUUCCACAAGUUGCUGAUGGUGAAGGACCAUAUUUAUUGCGCCUCAUUAAGAAAAUCCGUGAAGAAAGAGGAAUGUAA